CGGCAUCGUUGAGGGAUGCGGUUUCCAAUCAGUCCUUCAAUUCUAAAUGUGGCAGUGAGGCAAAGGGACUGUAUCUGUCAAUCUUGCAAGAAUAUUUCGAGGUCAUCAGAGAGAGGGAGGGACAAAUGCUUUGAAAAAACGGCGGUGAGUCAGUGGGAAGGAGCAAAAAAACAGCUAUAUAAAGGGCAGCGGGAUCAGACAUGUAGAAGGCAGGGACAAGAGGGAGAGAGUCACAACAAUAUUGACAUCUUUCUGCAAUAGUCCCAAGCACCAGCGAAAGGAACACUCUUCAGAGCUAGGAUUCUUGGCAAGCCCAGACUGAACGCUUGUGAGCUGAAAUGAAGUGCCUGGUGUGUGUUCUGGUCAUCAACCUGUUGCUGACCUCCUUUCCGGUUUCUGUCUUGUCCCAGUCUUUGAGAAGUGGAGAAUUGGGAAUCAAGCUGUGCGGUCGCGAGUUCAUCCGAGCCGUCAUUUAUACCUGUGGGGGUUCCCGAUGGAAGAGGCUUCUCGAUAACCAAAACGAUCCUUUCCAGACCUCUGCUGAUAAAGAUUACUUCAAGGAGAUGGACAGCAUGAGUAAUCUUCAAAGAUUUUUUGGCAGCGACAGAAACCAGGAAACUGAGCCAUCUUUCGGUAAUGAAGUGUUUGACCAGUACUACAACCAGUAUGAUCAGAUACCAGGGGAUUUCAUGGAGUACAUCCACCAAAUUGAUGGAGGCAGCAAUAAAGACCAAGCUGUUGCAUUAACAGCAGUGCAGCAUCUACCCUGGGCCAGAUCCCUCAGGAAGAAAAGGGAAGGACCACCAGGAAUGUCAAAGAAAUGCUGCAAUUAUGGUUGCACCAAAAAAGAUAUCAGCAUUCUCUGCUGAAAACUGUACAUCUCUAUUUAUAGAAUAUUCUAUACACAUGGACUCUGUUUCAGUGAGAUUUUCAACUAUGUAGUCUAUUAAAUAUCUCACAAAUGUGGAGUAAGGCAAUCGUAAUUUACAUGUAAUUUCUAGUAUGGUCUAUGUGACAGACUUGUG